UCCAGUUUACGGUCCUGCUGUUUGGCCUUUCUACAGCCCCACGGGUAUUGACCAAGUGUAUGGCUGUAGUCGCUGCCUACCUUCGCCGACGUCGGAUAUGUGUUUUUCUGUAUCUGGACGAUUGGCUUAUCCGAGGAGACUCCGAGACACAAAUCACUCGGCAUGUGGGCAUCGUCAAGGACCUAUUCACACAUCUAGGCCUGAAGAUUACUAUAGAACAAUCCACUCUGGUUCCCACGCAGAGGUUAGACUUCCUAGGAGCUAUCCUGGACUCCGACCUAGCCGGAGCCUGCUUACCACAGCCGUGGUUUCAGGCGAUAGCAACAAUCAUCCGAGGUCUGCAGACUUUCCCAACAACCUCAGCUCGCUCUUGUCUCGAUCUCCUGGGUCCCAUGGCGGCCUGCAAGUUUGUAACCAAACACACCAAGCUCAACCUCCAUCCUCUCCAAGUUUGGCUCAACUCAGCGUACCGCCCAGACAGGGACCCAAUGGUCUCGAUAGACACCAUUCCCUCGAGCACCCUAGGCUCCCUAGAAUGAUGGCUAACUCCCUCCCUGGUGUGGGCAGGGAUGCCCUUCCAUCCGCCCCAGCCCUCACUGUCCCUGACAACGGACGCGUCAUCUCUCUACUGGGGUGCUCACCUCGGUCACCUUCGAGCUUAAGGCCUUUGGUCUUCUCAGGAGCUGGCAUUCCACAUCAAUGUCCAAAAAUGAGAGCAGUCCGCCUGGCGUGCCAGGGGUUCCUGCAGCAGCUGCGAGGCCGUGGUGUCUCAGUGUUUACAGCCAACACAACGGCAAUGUGCUACAUAAACAACCUGGGAGGGACAUGGUCCUCCCCCUUUUGUCAGGAGGCCAUCCAUCUCUGGGACUUUUGCAUAGCCCACUCGAUAAAUCUGGUAGCGUCCUUCCUCCCAGGCGUUCGGAACGCCUUGGUGCUUCGACUCAGCAGGUCUUUCCUAUCUCACGAGUGGUCGCUCUGCCCCGAUGUGAUGCAUUCUGUUUUCCAGAAGUGGAGACUUUUCCCCACAUAAACCUGUUCGCUUACCGCGAGAGCAGGAAAUGCCAGAUGUUCUGCUCCUUCCAAGGUCUCUCCCCGGGAUCGAUCUCGGACGCUUUCCUGAUGCUGUGGAAGGGCCAACUCCUUUAUGCCUUCCCACCAUUCCCGCUGGUUCAUUGGGUCCUGCUCAAACUCCACAGGGGCAGACCGCGCAUCAUCAUGAUCACUCCAGCGUGGUCCAGGCAGCACUGAUAUACCACGUUGCUCGACCUGUCAAUAGCCAACCCAAUUACCCUGCCACUCCACCCAGACCUCAUAACUCAGGACCAUGGCAGGCUUCGCCACCCGGUCCUGCAGUCUCUUCACCUCACGGUGUGGCUGCUGUGUGACUAAACCGGGUAGCAGGAAGCCUUCCACCUGGUCAACGUACCUGGCCGAGUGGAAGCGUUUCUCCUACAGGUGCGAAACGCUUGAUCUUACUCCUACUGAGGUCUCGAUCCCCUCUAUUUGGCCUACCUCUGGCCUACAACAGCAGGGCCUAGCGGUGUCAUCGCUGAGGGUACACUUGGCAGCCAUCUCUACCUUCCACCCAGGCUAAGGUGGUCAUUCCGUGUUCUCACACUCUAUGGGUUCGAGGUUCCUCAAGUGCUUGGAGCGAUUACACCCUCAAGUACGCCGCCCAGCCCCAACCUGGGACCUCAACCUGGUUUUAACCAGACUUAUGUCUCCCCCAUUCGAGCCGUUAGCAACCUGCUCGCCGCUAUACCUGUCUUGGAAGACAGCUUUCCUCGUAGCCAUUACAUCAGCCAGAUGAGUCUCCGAGCUCAGGGCUCUUAUGGUGGUUCCGCCGUACACUAUGUUUCACAAAGACAAGGUGCAGUUAUGACCACACCUGGCUUUCCUCCCGAAGGUGGUUUCGGCCUUUCAUGUUACCCACACUCAAUGCAAUGGGAGCAACAAUUGCACUCCCUGGAUGUCUGUAGAGCGCUCGCAUUUAUAUUGCGUGGACAGAACCAUUUCGUAAAAUGCCUCAACUCUUUGUCGCGGUAGCAGACUGAAGGAAAGGCCUACCUGUUUCCUCUCAGAGGAUCUCAUCUUGGGUGAUGGCGUGCAUCCGCACUUGUUAUGAUUUGGCUCAUAUUUCCCCAAGCCACAUCACCGCACAUUCUACCAGGGCUCAGGCUUCAUCUGCCACCUUGCUGGAUCGUGUACCUACCCACGAGAUCUCUCGCGCAGCUCCAUGGUCCUCAGUCCACACCUUUGCUUCGCAUUAUGCUCUGGUUCAACAGUCAAGAGAUGCUGCAGCCUCUGGCUCAGCAGUUUUACAUUCUGCCACAUUUCACUCCGACCCCACCGCCUACGUAAGGCUUGGGAAUCACCUGACUGGAAUGGAUAUGAGCAAGCACUCGAAGAAGAAAAGACGUUACAAAGGUGAGUAGCCGUCUUUUGUCAAUUCAGUGAGCAUGGGAUUCUUAGCCAGCAGCACUGUCCAAAACAGCCGACUGUAAGGGUAAUGUUGUUGGGGGAGAGGUCUUUAAAUUAUAGUUGUGGGGGGAGGGAGAUUAUAAAAGCAAGGGCUAAUUUCAUCCCUGAUGUAAUUGUGAUGACCUGGGUGGAAUGACACCCGGGAUGAACCUAGCCCAUGGUGCGAUGGGCAUGCCAUGCGAGCCAUCUGUACGCAGGCAUCACACCAGAAUAUAGAAAGGGAGCAGGCCACCUCUAUGUGUUGCACCAUAGUGAGGUGUUUCUUAAAAUGCUAUUGGGCACCUAUCUGCACAGCAAAAUGGAGAGAAUGCUGAGGACACCACAAUACUGAAAGGAGCUGAUAGGGAUAAUACAGGAUGAGAGAACUAAAUCUGUAACCCUGUGCCUUGGUCACGAUGGAGAAUGAAGGGGGCAUGCGGCACUCACCUAACACGAUGGGUGAACCGCAAGGAGAGAGGGGAGUUGUUUAGGGUGAUCCUUCAGUCUGUAAUUUCUGCUGUGCCACAGGGACUGUAUCAUAAUUCAGUAGAAAUUUCUUCCUCAUCCUGCCCCCAUGGUGGGCUGUGAGAGAGAGGGCUGAGUGCAGCCCAUUCUCCCCAGAACAAAGUUUGAGACUAUUCUUCCUGUGAACAGCCUGCUGAGUGAACCAGAGACAAGCGCCACAGAGCAGUGCACACUAGGAAUAAACUAAUCACUCAGAAGACCAGCUUGAUCCUUGGUGCAGAGAGCUUUUGAAAUAUAACCAGAGCAGGGUAGGAACCAACUUUCCUGUCCCCAAAUAUUUUUGAGAAUUUGAAGUUUUCUCCCCUACCUUUUCGGAGGAUGAAAAGUCAAAAUCUUGAAUCUGUUUCUGAAUUGGAAAACUGACAGUUCAGAUUGUUUCAAGUGACCUGUUUUGAAAAUUUAGAAAUAUUUUGUUUCAAUUUUGACCUUUUUUCCUUCUUCUUUUAAACCUUUUGGGUGAAUUAGCUUAAAUUUAGGAAAAGUCAUUUCCAGUUGGAAAACUGGAAUUGUCCAUUUGUCGAAAUAUUUCAAAUUUGACAAUUUCAAAACUUCCCCCCUCUUCCCCCCCCCCCCCCCGAGUUGGGAGAACCAUCAAAUCCAAGCCAAUUUUAUGAGCGGUUCCGGAUUCAGUGAAUCGGUAUUUUUCAACAGAAAGACUUUUUGUCCAAAAAUUCUCAACCACCUCUAGCUAUAAUCAAGGCAAAGUCCAUACAUGGCUGUUUUACCCAACAUGGGAAUGGUCUGUCAGGGCAUGGUUGUGCUGCAAUAAAAGACCCCCAGCACAGCCACAGCUGGCCUGGGUCAGCUGACUCAGGCUCUCAGGGCUCCGAGACUGAACAUCGACACUGCAAUUUUAUUGCCCCACAACCCGAGGCCCCCAAGCUCAAGGUAGCUGACUGGGACAUGUGCUUUAUAGUGCACCAUAGACGUGCUCUCACUGAACACGCGCUGAAUGUCAAGAGGUAAAGUCGAUGGGAAUUAGCACACGUUUAAAGUUAAGCAUAUUGCGAAACACGCCUGUGGCUUGGGAUCUCAGGCACUUACUUGGUCCCGACCCACUGCAGUUUAGGAUGCACUAGGCUAGCCCCAGCCAGGGAAGGGCUGGUAGAUAUGGGUUCAAGCAAAGCUGGGUGUCAUUCCUUUUCAAGAGAGGAAAGAAAGGAGGUUUGGCAGCAUGGCUAUGGCUCUGGGUGGUUGAUCAUACACCUCAUAUGAAAGGCUGAGUCAGCUCUUCUGUCCUUUUGCCUGAUGUCUGGGGAAAACUCGGACCAUUGGGAGAAGGCAGUCUGCAUUAAAUAGGAAGAAGCUGGAGACCUAGGCUGAGAUAUCCAGAGGGGCCCAAGGAACCCAGUUCCCACUGAAAGUCAUUCCCAUUAGGCCAGCCCUUUCAAUUCUAGCCAAUUCUCCGGAGCCCUAGGGCAAUCCAGCCACCUAAGGAUUCUCCAUGACUUACAGCUGUGUUUGCCCCCUUCCUGACUCCAAGUGCAGCUAGGCUGGUUAGGAGAAUCUAGUCCAUAACACACAUUUCAGAGCAUGCAGCUCUGAGUAUGGCGGGACCCUUUUAAACAAUGGGUUUUAAGCAUUUGCUAAGAUGCAAUUGCAUGCACAGAGUAAUAGGAAAGUGUUCAUGGAAAAAAAACACUGUAAACAUCUAAUGCAACUCGAUACAGGGGAUUUUUGCUAAGCAACUCUCUGAGCAAGUGGAAAAUAGCAUCAGAUUUUCCAAACAUGCAGGCAAAAGGCUUUGUGAGCAGAGGAGAACGCUGAUCAGCUCAUCUUUGCUCCAUUGCAUCUGUGUGCUCUGCUAGGCAGCGUGUAAAUACAUUUCCCGUUGAUUUAAACAAUGGCAUUUGUAAAUUAGCAGCAGGUGAACACAUAUUGUACUGAUGCUGAAAUAAAAAUGAUAAUUACCAUGAAACAUUAACAAUAUUUGUUCUCCAAACCCCCUUCCAGAUGGUAUAAUUUGUCAGACCCCUGCUUGCUCCUCUGGAAGUAUUGAAAAAGAAAACACUAGCUCUUUAACUGUAAAAGCUAUUGGCAGGGGGAAAGGCCUUCUCUGUUUAAUUCAUAUGGUGAAAAACCAUGAGGUCAUUGGGAUUUAUAUAAGCAGAUUUGGCACCUUUUCCUGCGAAUUAUCGUUGUACAGUGUGACUACAAUCAAAAAAGUGCCUGUAUAAAAAUAGCACCUUUUUAAUUCAACAGACCUGCUUCCUGAACAAAUUCAGAUUCUGAUCUGCUCCAAUUCCUGGAAAAAGAAGAGUUUUUACUCCAGUUCUCCCAGCACAGCUCUGGGAGAGCAAGCUAGAAACUCUUUUGGCUCAUGCAGUAACCCAGUGCCAGCUGCAGAAUUUUGAUGGCUAGCUGUGAUUCAGGAGCCCAGCUCGAUUGCUCAGAUCUGAGGGGCAGCAGGAAGACAAAACAUCUUUUAUUUGUGAACUGAGCCCAUGUGCUCUGAGUUGCCACCAUGACCCAGUAAACAUAGAGACCCCCCCCAUGCUAUUUGGGGAAGAGGGCCCAGUAGGGAAAAGUGCCUCCAUUUCUUAGUGCCUGGGCAUCUCAGCCUGUUUUAUAGGCUUAAGGCAGACUGCAGGUGUAUCGUGGGCACAAUGCUGCAGGGGGGCGAAUUCACAGCCAGUAUAAAUAGCUGCAGUUCCAUUGGCAUAAAUGGCGGUUCAUCCGCUUAUACCAGCUGGGGAGCUAGAAGGGAAAUUCUGGGGAGGAGGAAAGCAGCAAAAGAGCAGAGCUAGUGCCUGCUUUUGGUGUGUCUGGAAAGCCGGCCUGAGAGCGUCCAGCCCAGGAAAGGUGUCCAGACUGAGCCCUGCUUCUUAGUUGCCUUUGUCUCUAUGCACUCCUGGGAGAGCCAGUAGUGUGGGGCUCACCAAGGCCACUCUGCUGCCAUUGGAAGGGUCCUUCAGUUCAGCACUCCCUGGGGCCAGUUCCCCAGAGCCCAGAGGCGCCACCGCACACUCACACAGCAGUCUCUUUGCAGGCAUACAGGGCAGGCUCCCAGACAUGGCCUCAGUGCAUUGGGCUGGGAGGCUCCUGGGAAAUUCCCUUCUCCAUUUCUCCUCUCCCCCAAAAUGCAUUUCUAGCCCUCCACUUGCCACCUGGCUACAAUUCCCUGCCCACUGCUUGUCUCUCUGCUUCCUGCCUCCUCUCCCAUCCAUUUGGACUUCAGAGGUGGAAGGGAUUUCCCAUGGAAAACAGCCAGCCCUUUCUCCUGCCUCCUGAGUCACUGUGCAUGGAGAGAUACAAGCCCCUUUUGACUCUGUCCUGGUCAGGUCAGCGCAGCGCUCAUGGAGUGACCUUUGGCCAGGUUGCCAAGGUGUUACAAAACCUGCUGCGUGCCCUGGCCAGCUGCCUAUGACCCCCACAGCUCUGCAGCAUGGCAUGCCAACCUCCAAAGCCAUCCUCUGCGUGGCAUCUCGGGGCCGGAGAUCGUUCAGCCAAGCCAAUGGUAUUUGAAGACACUUCUCUUUCCCAAUUCAGUGCUCUGUGUGCAUUUCAGAAAGUUAGGCGUAAGAAACGGUGCUCUCUGCUUAGCAAGGCUGCUCCCUGGUGCCCUGGGGUGUGGCACAGCAGUUAUUGGUGGUGUGGCGAACAGACGUAUCCUGCCCAGCACUGAACAGUCACCUAGGCAGGAAGGGAUGGCUUUGCGGGGCAUCCCUUUGUCUAAUGGUAAGGGCUUCUCUGUCCCCAUGGGCGUUACCUGCUGGGGGAGUAACCACACCAUGCAAGUUGCACGUUGCAACAGCCAAAAAGCCAGCACUUGAGAUGAUUGAACCCUCAGAUUUCCUUUUGUGCAUAAACCUGCACGUUGUCCUGACUCCACAGGCUCCAGAACUGAAUUGAGUGCCACUAGCAUCAAACUAGCACUGCUUUUAGGGGCUCUUGAUGCUGUCAACCAAGACUUGGGUGUGUAAACAGAACACGUAGCCCCCAGCUGUGCUGUGUGGCUACCCCCACAUGGUCCCCCGUUCCCGGGAAUCUGUUGAGCUCCCUUUUUCCUCCCCACCCAACCCCCGUCCUCCCACGUGUGUGUCGGUGUGGUGCCCUGCAUAGAAUUGUAAUGUAGCAUGUGUUUAUAUGUGAAUCCUGAUUUAUGUGGUUUUCCAGCAAAUAAAACAACAAUGAAGCCGUG